AUGUCUGGUUUUCAUAAAAUAUCAGAGUCUAACUUUACUGUUAAAGGAACAAAAUUAAAAAACAACUUAUUAUUCGCAUCUUCUGGAAUUCCUUCACUUGAUUAUGUUAUUGGUGGAGGUUUGCCUACUGGAGGAAUAUUUGCUAUUGAAUCAGAUGUCCUUGGUGGAUACAGUCGAGUUCUGACCAAAUAUUUCCUUGCCGAAGGGGUAGUUUGCAAUCAUGAUCUAUUAAUAGUUUCUGCUGAUGAAAACCCUGAAGAAAUUGUUAAAGAGCUACCACAGGCAUGUGUAGUACAAAAAGAUGAUAGAGACACAAAAAUACCGCAAGAAGAAAUGAAAAUUGCUUGGCGGUAUGAAAGUUUGGCAAAAGUAGAAUCAUCUUUUGAUAAUGAGACAAAUUUUGGACACCAUUUUGACUUGAGUAGAUAUAUAGACGAAGAUACUAUAAAUAAUAGUAAUAUUUCUUAUUGUUACCUACAAUUGGGAAAUGAAACUGAGGAUAGUGAUAGUAGCUGUUUUAAAAAUGUGCUCUAUGCCAAACUUCUCAAGAAAGUAAAAGAUGCUUUAGCUAAAGAAGAAUAUAAAAGAAGUAGUAAAAGCAAAAAGAUACUUCGAAUCAGUAUACACAUGCUCGGAUCUCCUGUGUGGCUGGCUGUGGACUGCGAUGAAGAAUUAGAUAACAGAUAUGGACAUGAUCUGAUUAAGUUCAUGUACUGUUUAAGAAUUCUGUUAAGGGAUACUAACGCUGUGGCUUUUAUCACAAUACCUUCACAUUUAUUUGAUGAUGAUCACAUAAUGAACAGAUUGCUACAUUCCAUUGAUAAUGCAGUAAGAAUAGAAUCUUUUGCCGGUUCAGACAAAGAAACGAAUCCAGUAUUCAGUGAAUAUCAUGGAUUAUUCCAUUUGACAAAGCUUUCCGCAUUGUAUUCCCUUGUGCCAUUUGUUCCUUCAAGUUUGGAUCUCGCCUUCAAGCUAAAGAGAAAGAAGUUUGUCAUUGAGAAAUUGCACUUACCACCAGAACUACAAGAGUCGAGCGAACGUGAACAAGACGAUAUAACAGCAGUCCCAAGAAGUUGUGGUGGUUUUAAAAAGAAAGAUAUAGAAUUCUAA